GCUCUGCUUCCGGGCGUGCGUCCCGGUCCGUGGCUCGGUGUGUGGGGCGCGGGGACGCCUAACCUGCUGUCGGGCGCGGUUUGCAGGCGCCCUGUCAGGUCGCACGGCGUGUGGGGCCCACCAUGAGGCGCCUGGGUUCGGUGCAGCGGAAGAUGCCGUGCGUGUUUGUGACGGAGGUGAAAGAGGAGCCCGCCACCAAGAGGGACCACCAGCCAUUUAAAGUUUUGGCAACUGAAACUGUAAGUCACAGGGCAUUAGAUGCAGAUAUACACAGUGCAAUUCCAACGGAAAAAGUGGAUGGAACAUGUUGUUAUGUUACUACCUACAGAGGUCAGCCAUAUCUUUGGGCUCGGCUGGAUAGAAAGCCUAACAAACAAGCUGAGAAAAGAUUUAAACAUUUUCUAUGUUCGAAACAAAACUCAAAAGAAUUUUUUUGGAAUGUUGAGGAGGACUUCAAACCUGUUCCAGAGUGCUGGAUCCCAGCAAAGGAAAUAGAACAAUUAAAUGGGAAUCCCAUGCCUGAUGAAAAUGGACACAUUCCUGGUUGGGUACCAGUGGAGAAAACCAGUAAACAGUAUUGCUGGCAUUCCUCUGUAGUUAACUAUGAGUUUGAAAUCGCCCUGGUGCUGAAGCAUCAUCCUGAUGAGCCUGGUCUUCUGGAAAUUACUGCAGUGCCACUGUCUGAUCUCUUAGAACAAACACUGGAGCUUAUAGGAACAAAUGUUAACGGAAAUCCAUAUGGGUUAGGAAGCAAGAAGCAUCCGUUACAUCUUCUUAUACCACAUGGAGCAUUUCAAAUAAGAAAUCUACCUAGCUUGAAGCACAGUGAUCUGUUGUCCUGGUUUGAAGGUUGCAGAGAGGGUAAAAUUGAAGGAAUAGUAUGGCAUUGCAAUGAUGGCUGUUUAAUCAAGGUCCACCGCCAUCAUCUUGGUUUGUGCUGGCCAAUUCCAGAUACUUAUCUGAAUUCAAAACCAGUUAUAAUCAACAUGAACCUGAACAAAUAUGAUUAUGCCUUUGAUACUAAGUGUUUAUUUAAUUAUUUUUCAAAAAUAGAUAAUCAGAAAUUUAGUAGGCUGAAAGAUAUAAUACUUGAUGUAUAAACUGGAAAUGCCGUUAAAAACCAGCUUUAUUGUUAUAUUUGAAUCUUCAAUACCCCGCCAUGUUUAAAAGGUAAAAAUGGCUCAUGGUUCCUAAUUAUUCAGUGUCUAAUAUAGCAAUAUGUCUUCCAGCAUUUGAACAAAUGAAUUCCCCAAUUGCAAAUAUCUAUUCAAAAGUUUAUUUAGAAUCAACGAAUGAAUUUUACUUUGGUCUUGAAAAUAUAAUAGUAAGCUCUCCAGUUUGUACAAAGGGUGGAUUCUAUCUAUCAUAAGAGGGUAGGAAUUAAAAGACAACAAUUAAACCAACAAUUUUGGAUCAUUUAUUUUCAAAAUUAAAUAGUUAAAGCUGAAUUUAAUCUUAUAUAUUUAAUAAAACGUGGCUCAACUUCACAACAUACAUAUAAAUGAUUUGAGAAUCUUAACACAUAAAAAUAUGUAAGUAUAUAUAAAACUCCAAUUUUAAAAUCAUUAUUUACCCUCAUACCAAAAAACUUCAAACACAAACAUACAGAAAUGCAUCAUAGCUUAUUGCCUGUUUGAUAAACCAUAAAUUACUUUAAAAGUCUUCAAAAAUAUACUUUUCUAAUAUGUUAAAAAUAUCACAUAGUUUUAUGCACUUAAACUUCCACUUUAGGUAAAAGUACAAGGUAUUGGGAAGGAAAUGUAGCUCAGAGACUUGCUUGACUUCCAGGUGGAAUUUUAACUUAAAUAGUUAAUAAAUGGGGAAAUUAGUAGGACUUUCUUCUUCAUCUUCCAGCUGUUCAGAGCAGCAGCAGGACUAGUUAAUUCAACUCUAAACUGUUCAGAAAGUUUUUUCAACUUCUCUUCCAAGAGAAUAUUUUUUUUCACUUCUUUGUAAUAAUACUUCAGAUCUUCGAUUUCUUCAAAAAAUGAAGGAUCAGAAUUUUCCACUUCUUUCUUCAGCUUUUUUACUUCCUCCUAAUAGAAACAUACAAUCUUGAAAAACUGUGUCAAGGAAUAUAAUACAUUUUCUAGAUUUGAACGAAGGAGAUUUAGUUACAAACAUGAGAGCCAAAGUAACCUGAAUGGUCAAAUAUAAAGGCAGAAGUAUGUCCUUAAGAUUUUGUUCUUAAGGCCUCAUUGCACAGUAUAACUCACUUAACUUGUUAACUGUCAAAUCGAAUUAUUUGUUAGUUAUGUCCUAGUCUUUGACUAAAAUUUAUCAACUCUUAAAUUACAGGGGAUUGAAUCUUUCUUUAAGCAAGUACUCCCAAUGUGGCAACCAAAAAACUUGGCUAUUCACAAUAUUGAAGUUAUUUUGGUUAAAAUUCCUUGGUUUAUAUUUUCUUCACAAAUAUCUAAUUUUUAAUGAAUAAUGGUCAAAUUCUUAUAAAUAUAUUUAUGAUCAGGGAAACUGUAGGGCUUCUUCCUGGAAAAGAGGCAUCUGGUAAAGAGACAAUUUGAGCUUUAAUGACCACUUAGAAUGGUCACUAGUUAAUUCUCAAAUUUAUACACCUCUGUUUAUAGAUUCUUAGAUAAAAGAUAGCAAAUCUCUUUCUUUAAGGGAGCUAUUCCUGAAAAGUAUUUCAAAAUAAACACUGUUCUCAAUGUGAUUCCAAACUUACAAAAUGUUAAUGAGCUGUAUCUGUGACAAUUAAAAAAUAAAUUUAA